CUUAACUGAUUUUGUAUAAUAUUUAUCAACCAUGUUUCCAAAAUUUCAUAACUAUAUGUAAUUAAUUCUCAAGGUUCGAAGAGGAAGUAACACUGUGAGAACUAAUUGUAUUUUGAUCAUUAAACUUUAGGAACUUGAAUGAUAAAAAUUAAUAAAUUUACGAAUGGAUUAACAGUUUUAUUAUCUAGUUAUUAUAAAGAAUUCAAAUGUGUUGAGAAAAAUAAUAACGUAUUUGGAUGGAAUACAGGAAUCAAAAGUCAAGUCUGAACUGUCUGGUCUCAAUAUAGCUCAUGGAUAUUUUGUUCCACCAUUAUAUCAAUGCAAUUUGAGAGUGAUUACGAUACAGGGAUUUUCUGAGUUGAAGUCACUCUUUACCCUCUCCAUUGCCUUAUCUUUGAAAUUGUUGAAAUCCUUGGAAGUCAAUGAGUGUCAUGCACUGGAGCAGAUAGUAAAAGAUGAGGGGCAUCAAACUGUCAUCAGCUCUAUGUUUCCCAACUUACGCAUUCUUCAAGUCUCUGGAUGUGGCAACUUGAAUGCCUAUUCUCCAUCCCCAAGCGUUGUAAGCUUCCAAAACUAGUGUUGUUGGAUAUAGAAGAUGCCCCUCAGCUUGGGCAAGUCUUUGAAUGCGAGCAAGCAGUUAAAUUCCAAGAGCUGACCAUGAAAGAUGUGCUUCCAAAACUAAUUGGAAUAAGACUUGUAAAUCUGUCAUCACUUCAUACUAUCUAUCACGAACUUGAUUUCCAAAAUGUGGAAAUCCAUCUUGUGAGGCAAUGUCCCAAUAUCUCUAUAACUUCAGCUAAUGACAGCGAGGAAGAACUAUAUGCUUUGCCUAUGUACUUGGAAGACGAUGACGACUACCAUUAUGCAGGACUUGUUCGCGAUUGGGCUUUCGAGAUUGAAGAAGAAGAAUAUCAAAAUAUUAUUGAACAAGACUCCGCAAAGCCAGAACAUACAAAUACUUCAUCAAAUUUGAAAAAUAGUGAAGAAGCAUCAAAACAUAUUGUUGAAAAAGACUCCACUUCGCACAAACAGAGCAAUAAUAUGAGUUCGGAUGCAUCAAAAAAUGAAAUUGUUGAAGAACAACUUUCUAAUUCACAUACAGCGGCAACUUCAUCAUCUAAUUUAGAUAUGGAAGUUGAAGCAACUGUGGGAGAAGGUCUUUUAUCUGAGAGAUGUGACGCGAACAACGAGACAAUAGAUGCACGUGUUCAUGGAAGGCCAAAAUCAGAGGAAGUUGUAAUAUCAAAUGAAGUCAAGGAUUCAGAACUCAGAACCAUGCCAGCACCAUUUGCUAGUCCUUUACAAGUUGAAUCUGCACAAACUAAGGAAAUAGUGGAGGAGACAAGCGUUCUAAGAAGUCAAAAAUCAAAGGAGGCUGUAUUGGCAGAUGAAGUCAUGGAGUCAAAGCUCAGCAACAUACCCUCACCAUUUUCUAGUCCUUUACAAAGUGAAUAUCCACAAGAGUUAAAGGAAUCAAUGGCUGUUCAACAAGCAAUUGGGGAAAGUAGAAGCUUCUGUGAAGCUUCUCAAAGAGUUGACGAACCUACCAAUCAAAGUUCUUCCAAAGAAACAUCAAUUUCUUCUCCCAAGAAACCUCAAAUGGAAAUUCCGGCUACUCAAGCGGACUUAGGGAACCUAAAAUCAGACCUAUUGCAUAUUUCUGCUAUUACAGAAUCUGCACAAGAGAAAAUCAUGAAUCAACCAGAGACCUCCACCGAGGAAGAAAUCAUGUUGGACCACAGAAACUCUCAGAAAUUUGCAGAAGAUGAUCUGAUGAGAUUAUUUCAAAUAAUGGAGGAAGGUCACAUUCCUCAUGUAUCUAAAAUUUCUGUCCGUGAAGAUGCUAGUGACGUGACUAAAGCUCUCUUUGACUUGGAAGACACAUUGAAGAUGAGUCUUAAUGAAAUAGCUAGCUCUGAAGAAAGUAGACUUCGCCUUGAGAAUGCUCUCAACAUCUUGUCCUCCCAUUGUUCUGCAGAUGGACCUCCCUCUCAUGGCCUUCAAACUACAAUUCACUCUUUGCAACUAGAAAUCCAAACUGUUGUGUCUUCCUUCAACCAAGCCUAUGCCACCAUUGACACAUUCAACAAGCUUGAACAAAAAGAGAAGCUUAUCCAUGAAGAAAGAUCACAAAGAAAGGAAGCAGCCAUUGCUCUUUUGUCUGUAAUUGACAAUACUGAGAGUUCUCUGACUGAGGCUCAGCUAAAGGAAGCGGAAUUGAAGGAGAAGAUCUCUAAAUUGCAGGAUGAACUAUAUAGCAAGGUAAAGGAAAUAGAGGAGUAUGAGAUCAAAUUAUCUUCUCUUAAAGAACAAAAGAAGAAGAGUGUUUCUGACACAAUGGGCUUCAUAAAGGAGUUUGAGACAGUGAAGAAAGAGAGGUCUCACAUGAUGGAAGACCAUAUGAAAGCAGAGCAACAACUACAAAAUAUGAAUGUUAAGUGGUCAUGUUGUCUAUCCAAUUUGAAGAAGACCGCACUGCUGUUAGAAGUUCAUCUUCAGCAGAAGCUUUGACUGUUGGAGACUGCUACUUAAAUUUCCUAAAAACAUUUAAGAAAAAACUAGAGUAUAAUCAUGUCUAUCAGUUAUGUUGUUACUUAUGUGUGUCUUGGGUUCUUGUGUAUUAUCAUUGUAGUGAUUUUCACUGUGUUAACAGCGGUUAGUGCUUGAGUGUUAUGAUAGGAAAAAAAGGUUAAAAAAAUAGAAAAAGAGAAAAAAAAAAAAGUGG